AUGCAGCAGGCCGGCGCGGGGGAGGCGGGCAGGGGGCUGCGCGCCCCGAAAUGCUCCCGCUGCCGGAACCACGGCUUCCUGGUGCCCGUCAAGGGCCACGCCGGGCAGUGCCGCUGGAAGCAGUGCGCCUGCCGCAAGUGUCACCUGGUCACCGAGCGGCAGAAGGCGUCGGCCGCCCACAAGGGCCCGCCGGGCCCCCGGCCCCAGGGCCGGCCCCACCCCGAGGACCGGCCCGGGCCCCGGGACCAGCCUAAGGCCACCCCCCCGCCGGCGGCCCCGGGCCUGUCGGGCCUGUCGGGCCCGUCGGGGCGGCCUACCGCCUUGGGCCCGGCGGGCCCGGUCCGCGGCGACCACGUGGACCUGCUGCUGCCGGGCGGCGGCCCCCCCCGCGCCCCGCCGCCCCGCGCCCAGCCCGGGCCGCUCACCGUACUGCUGCCCGCCGCCGCCGCCGCCGCCGCCGCCGCCGCCGCCCCCGCCGGCGGACCCAACGGGCUGCCCACCUUGGCCGACUACGGAAAUACCCAGCCCAGAGCCGUGUCAGGGGUCGAGGUUUACACGAUCGGGGUCAUCGCGGGGCAGGCACAAGAUACCCCAAAAUCUAGGACAAAGUUAAGGGCUAAAGUAGAUGUCUGUAGAUGCCCAACUACUGGUCCCCAUGUUGUGCUCCCGGAGUGUGCGGUGGGAUCUGACAUCUUCGAGCGAGACGCUCCCCGGCUCUACACCGGGUACCCCAACAUGUACCACUACCAACCGUUUGCUCUGGGCCCUAGUCCUGGUCAGCCCAGCUAUCAUGGAGGUCCCAUAAUUUCAGGCAUCCCCCUGCCAAGGGGCUACUACCAUGGCCACUGUUCGAUGCAGGUGCCGGUGCAGGACACGGAUGGAGACUACCAUCCCGGCUUCUACCAGAUGCUGCCCCAAUUCAUCUCACCAGGCUUCCUUCCCACGGUGCAGUACAUGCCUCCGCCGCCCCCUCCACCUCCAUCCUCGCCUCUGAACGGCCUGGCCGAGUCGUCCAGCGGAGCUGAUGUUGACCCCACCCACAGCCAGGACUCGGGAGCUGAGUGUGAGCCCAGUGAGCCUCCUCAAGACCAGGCCAAUUGAGGACUGGGCUCAGGCCCGCCCACCCGGCCGUGGCCCAAGAGGUGGGGGUGGCCCUCCGGCGAGGCUGCCGGGCAGAGCGAGUUGGAGUUCUGCUCAUUGUCUGCAUCAAAGCUGCACUGGAGAAGUGUUGAGGGAGAGUGGAGAAUCGCAGGGAGGGUUUGGGGGCUGGGAGCUGGGGGCUGGGGUGUGAGGAUAGAGAGCAGGGGAGAGGUGAGCUGUGUUGGGAGCCUAACCCCUCCUCCAGCAGAGAUUCGGUUCUGCCGGUUAAAGGGGUGUCAGUGCUGGGGUGGUGUGGGGGAGCGUCAGCCCUAGUCCCUCAGGCGGGGGACUGGCCGCCCAGGGGGAUGGAAGCGGGGCCUUUCCGUCCUGCCGGGGCCCAGGGUUUGGGUUGGGGAAGGAGUUGAAGUUAUCUGAAGCUCUGAAAUGUUGUUAAGAGUUUAGACCGUUUGUAAUCUUGUGGUGAGUCGGACGGGUCAGCUGUUCCAGCUCUGUUCUGUCCUCGGGAAAACUGUGUGGGCAACUUCUCCUCAAUAAAGUUAUGUGUUGGC